AUGGGAUUUUCUGCAAGACUUUUGUCAGAUGAUUUCAGAGAUUUAGUCGAGUGCUACUUUUGCAAGCUUGUAAUAGAAGAUGCUGUUGCUUUAGGAUGUUGCGAAGAACAUUGCUGUAGAAGAUGUCUUGAGAAAAAGCAAGAAAGAGGACAAGAAUGCCGAUGCGGUGAACAAGUAGAUUCUCUGAUCGAAGAUCAGCCGAAAAUCAUCGAACUUCGCCAACUUAACGGCUUUGAAUGCUGCCAAUGCUUCACGAAACCCCUCGGUUAUGAUCAACUAUCGUGGCCAGGGUUCGUGCCGCAAGAUGAAAUCGUCAAAAGACCGAAAAGAUUCGGAGAAACGGUUUCUAAUGAUUUUGCGCGAAACAAAAUUUCUGAAAAGACAAAAUUCAAAAUUGGUUGGAUUGCUGACCGAUAUGGAGAUAUUAUUGAACCGAAAACAAAAACCAUAACAGUAAACGAAGGCGAUGAUGUGAUGACUUUGAGAUUAAAGAUACGAGAACACUCGAAAGUUGACCCGAGAUGGCAGUUAUUCUUCAACGGAAUUUCCGAGAACAAAAAAGAGCUGAUCAACAACAUCGAUCCAAUCAAAAUGUUUGACGACAUCACUACUGGAGAAGACGGAAUCUUAUGGAUAGGAAGAAAGAACCACUGGGAAGAAUAA